AUGGCAGCUCUGUCUUUACCUUCAUAUGUGAGAAAUGGGUGUUUACAGCUGCAGCUGGAGCCAUCUCAAACACCACGAGAAGAAGAAGUCAGUCGACGGUGCUCCUUAAGAUCGAGGUGUUUGCCAAGGAGCACGUUGCCCAGUGAGUACGACCUCUGGUGGUCGAUGCCUCGAGGACGGGCUCGAGGCAGAGGCCGCGGCUGCCGUCGUCCAUCAGGACCGGGCACCCGCCGGGGCUCUAGCAGGGCCUCUGCGGUUCAUGCCAAGCUGUUGGGGCCCACUGUGCACCCACAGCUACCUCCUGUGGCUCCCAAAUUUGAUGCCCCUCCUCUUCCUCCAUCAAUCACAGCGGCACAGCUUGUUCCAAAUCAGCCACUGGUGCCGCGACUGCCGUCUCCUGCUGAGGAGCGUUCGCAGGACUCUAGACUCUUGACUCCUUCGUGGUCUGCUGUCUUCAAGUACCACUUAGCGGCAGACAUUGGUCAGUUAGUGCAGAGUAAGGGGAGGCGUUCUCAUUCUGUUGCAGAUUCUGAGAAAGCUAAAGUGCGCUUGAGCUUCAACACUGAACUGUUGACCACAAAUAUUCAUAGGUCUUCUACAGGCAAUGAAUCGAGUGCCUACACAUCUGUGCCCCUAAGUCCACAAUCCUCUUCUGAGAGCAGUACACAAUACUUGGAUAACUUUGACUCCCAUUCCAUGGGAGAACUUGAAAGUAGGAGCUCUAGUACCGAUCCUGAAGCAGAUGUGCAAAGUCAGACAGUAUCUGAAGGUACAGCACAAAGUUCUGGCGCUCCUUGUAGCUGGGUGCCAGAUUCCAAAAUCCUUGAAAACAGCUUUGUAAACAAAUUCAAAUUUAUUAACUCUGAAAACCAAGAGAAACCUUUUUUCUCAGAUCAUAAUGCUAAUUUUUUGUCCCAUUUCACAAGUAUUUCAACUGCGGAAGUGCUUCAGUCUGACAAUGAAAACAGUGGAAGUGCUGAUACACUACCUAGUAAACAACAGUGCUUCCAUUCUACAGUUCGUUUCACAUCGUAUAAUGAUGCCACAGGUGAUGGAAACUCAGAUUUGUACUGUUCCAAAGAGGCUAGCAGUUCAGAAAAUGAGAUAUCAUGCAUCGGUCAGAGGCUCAAUGUACCGAGGAGUACAGUGUGGGAGUUCGCACCACCAUUAGAGUUGCCAACUGUGUGGCCAGUGCCAUUUGACAGACCAACCAAACAAAGUGUAGAAUUUAUUACAAGCACUAGACCUGACAAAGUGUUACUUGAUAAUCAGUGUUUGGAACAAUAUGCAAAUAUAGCAAGUUGCCAACCAGAUUUUACAUCACCUUCAAGUAAUACCAGUAGCAUAUUUUCUCACUGCAGUGUUUCAAAAUGGAGAUUCAAGCAUCCUCCAAAAAGGUACUUGUCGAAACUAAGGCUUGUAAAGUCAGCAAAUGCACCACUGAAGAGAAGCCAGACAGUUGUGUGUUUAAUUGCAUUGACUGCACUAGAGGAAUUUUUUUCAGUUUUUUGCAACAGGUGCCGCCCUCCUGGCCACACACAUCCUAGAAACCAGAAUAAAAUAAUUAAGAAAAGGUAUCACAAAAAGUACUGGAGUAAUCUACAUAUUUUAAAGAGUAGUAAGCUGUCAAAUAUUACAGAUGAAAAUGGAGAAAUUACGUGCUCCUCUUGCCAUAGGCUACUUUGGAAAUGCCACAAAAACAAGGACAUGUUCAAAAUUAAAGAGAUGACCCCAAACCACCAUGAUGCUCUAGGCUCCAACUGUUCAGUGAAUGAAACUGGACAGCUCACAGGAAUAGGAGAGUCAGAAACUGAAGAUACAGUGUUGAAAACUACAAAGAAAGUACAAAACCAGUUAUCACAUUCUUCUGACAGGGAAUGUUCACACAUUCCAAGUACUACUGCCGAAGGUGAUGGCCCAAAAACUGUGAAAGAUUCUCAACAUCUGAAUCGUAACUUAGACCCUACUUACAAAGUCAAGUUGCAGAAAGUAACGUUUAUAGUGUGUGUGACAGAUGAGAGACAGACUGAGACCAUUGUUGAGUCGCAGCGUGUCCAAGUGCCAUGCCAGACUGGCAGAGAAUUCAUGGAAAUAAGUAACAAGUCAAACCCGUAUCCUUACAAAAUCUCAGGAAUUUUUGGAUCAGAAAAUGGCAUUUCUGCUUGCUUGGAGGACAAAGGUGACCUCAGCAAUGAAUUCGAUUUUGACAUAAGCAAUUCUGGUGAGCUCACUUUGCCAAGCUAUGAAGCACAACUUGUGGUGAGUAAAGAUAAAGCUGAAGCUUGGAACCUUGGGGAGAAUAGUGUCUUUCUUGCUCUGAUGUGCAAACAUAGCUCUUGUGCUGAAGGCAUCUCACACUGUGACCAAACUGCAGAGAUGACAGCUUGUAAUCACAAAACUGACUCACCGGUCAACAUUCCACAAAUUCUUGACGACACAAGAGGGCAUUCUAAUUCAUUCAAGAAUGUACGCAAAGCACCAUUUGAGGAAAUGUCGUCUAACAGAAACGAAACCAUAGGGCAUAAAAAUAGCUACAUUCAGACUAAAGAGAUGGAUGCUCUUACUGGUGAAGCUGACCAUCCCGUUGUAAUUCACCAACCAAAUGGCUGUACAGGAGGGCAGCUUACUUCCAUUCAGAAUGGGCACAGUGGAAGCAAUCAUAAAUCAUCAGAGAAAAUAUCAUCUAACAUGAAUGAAACUGUAAGUCAUAAGAAGAACAACACUCAGACUAAAUGGAUGACAUCGCAUCAUCAUGACUCUUCAGUCGUAAUGGCCAAAACAGUUCAUAACAGGGGAGAGCACCAUAAUUCCACCAAGAACACACACAGUGAAGGCACUGAUGCACAACUAGAAGAAAUUUCAUCUGUAGUGACUGAAACGUUGGAUCAUAAUGAGAAAUCUGCAUUAGGCAGUAGACAUAAUGAAAAUGCCAACCUGAAUUCCACUGUGGAUGCCUGUGAAGAGACAGAGUGUUUUGUUUGCAUUAAAGAGGAGGAUAAAGUUUCAGUGGCAGGAGACAACAAGGAAACUGCAGAAGUGGUGAAUGCUAACUUGUUGCAGAACACAGAUACGUCUUCUAAUCACAGUACAUGUAGGGAGGAAACUGCUGCUUGUGAAAACACCCAUGUACCUUUUGGCAACAGUGUAACAGUUAAGGAGGAGGCCGUAAAGGAUGAGGAAGAAGGUUUUGGACCAGACGGAACUUGCUCCUCUUGUUUUAUGUGUGCUGAGGAGAAGAAACAGAUGCGUCACAUGUCAGUGACGAUCAAUACAGGGACAGUAGUUGUUGCCAAAUCAUCUUCCAUUAUUGCUUCCAAAGAUAAAUUGGUGGUACAAAGUCAGCAGACUGAUGAAUCCUCUGCUGGUAGUAGCUCUGACACACACAAUGACAGAAAUAACUCAAAUGGGAAAGUAGAGACAUUGCUUGUUCAGUCUUCAAACAGCAGUACUAAUGAUAUUGAUCUGUCCAUGAGUGACAGUGAAGAACUAAACCAAGGUGUUAAUUCUAGCAGGAGCCCUAGGGAAACUGCUGAAGAAGCCUCUGAAGGAAAUGAGGACAGGUCACUUAGCAGUACAGAGCCUGUAACUGGUCAACAGGUGGAGCCUCUGAUGAUGGAAUUACAGGAUUUAGUUAGGCCUCCUGUUUUUGUGUAUGGUGGCAACAAUGAUUGUAUUGAGGAACAAGUAACAGAACAACUGAAUUUACUGUCAUCCAAUACCACUGAAACUUUUGAUCAUGCGGCAAGUGAGCAUGAAGUAGACGAAGUUGUAGAUCAGCUUUGUAAUAUCUUUAGCGAAAAUUUUGAAGAUUCUUGUACAUCAGAAAUUCCAAUUAAUGAUACAGUGGGUUCUGUGAUGCUCAUGGAGAAAGGCACUGAAUACAGAUUGUGCAGCAUUCAAGAAGAACUUCCAGAGCUAAAUGUACCACAUGCAAGUGACAAACAAUUUGGAAUUACACAUGAAGAUGGAUUCCAACAGAAUUGUAAUAUUUCUUCCAGUAAUGAAUCUCACAAUUGUGUCAUUAUCAAAGAUGAGGUACAUAAUCUUACUACUGAAAGUACUGAAGAUAGUCAUAAUGCAGAAAAUGAAAUGAAUAAUAAUACAUCUUCUGUGAUGCCACAUGAACAGAAUGCAGAAUACAGACUGUGCAAUUUCCAGGGGGAUUUUUGCAGUACCAUUCAACCUGUAAUUGAACAUGAUGAUAGAUACCAACAGAAUUAUGACACAUCUUCCACUAAUGAGAGUCAUAGCAAGCUUAUUAUCAAAUAUGAGAGCUCUUCUGACCAGGAAUAUGGAAGCUGGUUUACAGAUUCUGAAACAGGUAGUGACAGUGAUGAAAGUGUGAAAAUAGUAGCUGAAAUUAGGUGUUCAGGAGGUACUUCAAAUAAUCAGCCUGAUGGUAGACUGUUGCAUGCAUCUCCUCUGAGCAGUACUAUCAGUGAAGACACUUUUCAGUUUGUAGGUUCUGGGUGUAGCCCAAUGUCAUCUAUGACUGAAAUGAAGCAUCCUAAAAGUUUUUUUACUAAUCGAGUUGAUGACAGACCUGUACCUAAAUCUGCUCUGAUCAAUUUUAAUACCAAAGACACUUGCAACUCUGUAGAUUCAGGUUGCACUCCCACAUUAGAUAGGAUUACAAUAAAGCAUUCAAAAGUUACUCCAAAUAACCAACCUGUUGACAAACAGGUGUCCAUGUAUCCUCAGUACAGCUUAAAUUCUGAAGCAACUUGUGAGUCUUUAGACUCUAAAUGCAUGUCCACUUUAGCUAGGACACUUGACAACUCUGUAGAUUGUAAUACUACAAGUGCAGCAGAAACAAUUCAUAGCUUAGAAACUAAAGCAGGUUCCCCAGAAAUGGAACUGACAAGUGAUCGUCCUAUUCGUGUUUCCAUACCACUCUCAAGUAUUACAGAUCCAGGGCUUCUGGAAAGGCUGGUGUCAGAAAGAAACCGGAGAACAGCAGGUCAUACAGGAGCUUCUCUAACACAAACACCUGAGAAAAGAACUUUGAAAAAAUCAAGUGAAGUACUGUGUCCACCUCCAUUCAAGAUCAAAAUGAAGGCUGUAAACAGAUAUGAGAUCGUAAUGAAUGGUAGAGGAAAAAGAACAUUUGAAAAAGUCUCCCAAACAAAGGAAGUUGAUGAUCUGUCACUAGUGGCAGAUCUGCCUUCACACAAAGGGUCAGAGAAGAAGCAUGAAAAUGGUGAUACAGGAGUCAGAGAUGUAAUAGAAUCAUCAAGCAGUGCCACUACUAAAAACAGGGAUACACUUCAUAAUAAUGAGAAACAAAAUGCAGAGGAAAUUUGUAAACAAAAGAAUGUCCAUCGGUGUGCUGUUCAUCCACAAUAUGAAGAUGUCAGUGAUGAAGAGGGAGAGUUGCAGAUCUGUGAAGAGGAAGGAGAUGAGGAAGAGGAGACACAAGACAACAAUUCAGAAGAAAAUGUUGUUAGAGUGCACACUGUGCUCUCACGUGAGGACAUUUGUGAAGAAAAACAGACGACUUCAUUACAUCUUUCUGAGUCUGAUAAACUAAUCAAAGGACAAGAUACUGAAGGCAGUAAUUUAACUUUACAUCAGAAAGAUGCUGAUCUUGAACCACCUCAGUACAGCUGUGGAAAUCAAGCAGUACUGCUAGAAUGUCAAACUGUAUCAUCAGUACCUGAAGAGCAUGAAGUACAUAGUAAUAAAAAAUUGUCUACAGUUGCCAGAGAUGAAUUGCAAGUGAUAAUACAGAAGGAAUCACUGUCACCACUAAAAAAACUGCCAGGAAUUAAGCAACCAUGCAGUCCACUGCAACAAGCUGAGAAAAACUACAGUAGUAAUGAUCUCUCAUCUGAGACUUCAAGGCCCAUUCUUCCUGAUGUGAAAGCAAGGGAAACCAUGGAGCUAGGAUAUUGUGGUUCAUUAGAUGCACCAGAUUCUCUUCAAAAUGAAAAGAGCAUUCUUGAUUUUGAUGAGAGUCCCAGUAAAUUGACACCUGAGGGAAAAAUAGGUGCUGAAGAUACAUCAACACCAUUUAGGAAAGUCGCACGAAAAACUAUUAAUGAAAAGGAUGUCCAUGGAAGAAACAGUGAGGAGCAAGAGGUCAGAGAGAGUCGUAAUUCUGUGUCUAUGAAUAAAGUUCUUAUAUACAGUUCUUCAAAGAGUUCCAACAGAAGAAUUUCAUCAAAAGCACGGAUGAAAUGUGCUGACAUAGAUUCACUGCCACCAAGCUAUCAGAUUUUGCGUAGGGAUCUGAAUGAGGUAUUAGAACAAGAAAAACUAUGUCAAGCCUCAUACUCAUUACCAAGAAAAGUGCCAAAGAAAAUGUCACUACCAAAGGUAGGAGGAUAUCGUAGACCUAGAGAGUUCCAGAAGGCUCAGGUGAUAAAUAAUGAAGAGGAAAGUUCAUCGAAAAAAAUUAGGAGAGAAGAACCUGAUAGCCCAAACUCAGAAGUAAGUGUUGAAGAUCAAGAAAAAUCAUCUGUUCAGGAGGCAGCUGAGUAUAUGGUAGACCAGAAUCCACAUACUACAAAAAAUUUGUGUCAGGAGCAUACAGACUUGACAGCCAAGAAACUUAUGGAUGGGCAUCAGCAUAAUCAACAUCAGAAAAAGAAGAAACCAGCCAUAGUGCAGCCAGAAGAAAUAGAGGUAUGCCAUGAUAAACCUGCUUUGCCAGAAAAGGAAUCAACAGUGUCCUCUAUGUGUCAGUCAGAUUUGAUGACAAAUAAAAGAAAAAAAUGCACGGUUAGACUGAAAAGAUGUGACCGUUUCUCAUGGAUACAAUGUGCAAAUGAAUCUACUGUUGUAGAAUCAGAAGACAUUGGCACUGAGAAGACCCCUACCUCUGAUGAGUGUGGCAAGACAGAGAGUCUACCCGAGAAGAAUGUAGCUUCAGAGCACACACCUUCUCAAGAGUUAAAUGACCAAUGUGAUGAAUCUUCAGUUGUACCAACAUGUAGUAAAAUUCAAAUGGAGAAUAAGACUAGUGUAGCAGAAGAAGAGCUUGAAGCUGUUUACUCUCAUGGACAUAAAUUGGAUACAGAUGUUUCACAUUCUCAGCAUAAAAAAAUACUAUUACAAGCUGAAAAUAAAAAGAGAGAUGGCAGUAACAUCUCUGAAGUAGCAGAACAGUCACAGCAAUGUCACUCCAGAAGUCCAGGUGAGGUUGCAGCACUUGAAAAUAUUGUAAACAGUCCCAACCGGGCUACACAUAGCAGUUCUCCAGUUCAUCAUCAGAGCAGACAGGAAGAUUUUACUAAGGAAAAUGUGGACAACAGAGAACAAGAUCAUUCUGUAAACAGUGAUGUAGAGACAGAGGGGGAAGAGAAUAGUAGGUCGUGUUACAGAAUUGCUGAAUCACAGUCAGAAGAUCGGGAAUCGCAGGAUGUUGUAGAAAGGAGGGCAGAAUCUCCUCAUGUUGAGAACAUUGUUGACCUGCCACAAGAGGUUGUUGAGGAGUACUUGCAGCAAAAUGUGCUACAGGAAAGUGUUGAAGAACUGUUAUCACUAGUGACAAAAAGUAACCACUUUAAAAAUCUUAGGGGAAGACCAUUAAGUGAAACCAUUCUGACAUUGACACGUGUUUUGAAGGAAAUGAAGAACUCAAAAAAGAUACAAUACCAAUCAUUGUUAGACAAAAUACAAAUGGAGCAACAUGUAACAGCUUCUGAAGUUCCCAGUGAUUCCACAACGGAGCAGUCAGUGCCAGAACAACAAAGCCAUGAGUUAAAGACAGAGUUUCAGCAGCAUAAUCAAUCACCAAUUAAACAACCUUUAUCAGUGACUGAUGAAACUAAAGGACAACGAGUUAUCCAAAAGCCAGAACAAAAAUCGGCUACUGAUUUUCAGGAUCCAGAAGAAAAACUGCCUGAAUCACAUCUUUGUGAAGCAGACUCACAGGAUAUAGUGCUUCACCAGAGAGAGCCUUCUACACAUGAAAUGGAGGGUUUACAUACAGAAAACAAAACGCUGCCAUCAGCUCGACAUAAAAGACAUGAGAGUCAGAAACAUGUCUUUGGACCACAACCGCAUACUUCUCAGUCACAACAGACAGUGACUAGUAACCAGUCUGUCUCACAGGAAUCUCUUUCAUGUUCAGAACGAAUGAACCAGUAUUCAGAACCAACAUCUGCAGAUGAAGAAGAAACAAGACAACAACAGAAAGCUGAUCAGCAAUAUGCCAUACAGCAUUCAGUUAAGGAAAGAGAACAGUCACAAGAGAAAGAUGUGGAGCCUCAUAACCCACAAGCCCAAAUGUUAAUACAGCAGCAAGUACAAGAUCAACAUCGACUGAUGCUCAAUACGAUAAAACAACAGAAACACCACUUACACAGCAUGCAACAAAUUGCACAGCAGAAAGAGGCAAAAUGUCACAAGGAAAUGCAGCAGUCAUCGUUAGAGCAGCCAGUUAUACAAACUCACACAGCAGUGCAGCAGUGGCAUCAUAUACAACACACAUCACACCAUCAUCAGACACAGUGUAUAGAUAUGGAUAAAUUUGUGCCUCAGCAACAGAACGUUUACAGUGGUGCACCACACACAGAGAAGGUAACAAGUAUUGUUCAGAACCCUUUGAGGUGUCAUCAAACAAUGUUGCAACAACAACAACAGCUGCAACAGUUAGCAUCGCUGGAACAGCAGCCUAUGAGGCAAUUAGCUGCAAUGCCAAAUGCAGUGGAACAGCCACAACAAAUUGUUCAGCAGCAGAUGGAAUGUCAACAGCAGCGAGCAGCACAUCAUAUAUCACGAUCACACAUCACAGGGGAGCAUCAGACAGUACCCCAAAAUCAUCAGCAGACACAUCCCUAUCAUCAUCGAUUUUAUUUCCCACAAAUUCAACAGCAUUACCAGUUUCCUCAUUCCACUGAAGUGCAGAUGCGUCCCAAUUAUCCACAUCAGUACCAUUCAAGAUACAACUCUCCAUCAACAUGGAGUUCAAAUGCACAUUUGUUGAGACAAGUUCCAUGUGGUCCAUUGGAUGCGCAACAGUUGCAGCCACAGCAGCAACACUAUCCCCAUUUUCAUCAACAGCAGCAACUUGAGAGGUGGCACUCUUCUAGGAGGCCAGGGACUGAUGUAGCAGCAACAGUCCCAGCAGUGAUGCCAUCUCCUUCAAUGUCAGGUGGGACUGUUGUGGAACCUGAACAUGAUCGGAGGCGUAUCUUGUCCCGUGAAGCCAUAAAUUCUUUUGAUACAGGACACAGAAUUGAUGCUGUGUCUUCAUCAAGAAAUGCAAUUGCAGGAGACUUUUAUUCCCAGUGGGGGGCUAUGAACCAUCAGUCACGGUGCUGUGCCGACAGAAGGUUCCAACAGAAAUGUCAUAAUUAUGGCAUUCCUCAAGCUUACCGUCAUUACGGCAGAGCUUGGAUGCCAACAGUACAGCAGAAUUUGUACCAAGUAAUUUGUCCUGUGACUCCAGCGAGCACAGAAAAUAUACACACAGCACAAGUCCACCCAUCACCGACUUAUGUGAGGACAGGACCACAUCCUCAGCCAAACAGCAGUACAGCUCCAGUGCAGGCUCCUCUGAACACAGCAUCUAUACAUCAGAGACCCAUGAAACUUGUCCAGUCAUCCACAGUGGACCAAGAGCAACGGCCUAUGGGGCACGGGGGGCGUCUGAAAAUACCAACGCCGCCUAUUGUCAGCCCUUUUGUCGAAAGAGUAAUGAAAGGUUAUCAGCCAGAUAUGUCCAACACAGAGGACUUAUACAGAUACCAGUACAAGCUGCCUGAGAGGGAGUGGGCUGCUCGAUUUGCAUUGCCACAAGAUACUGUGCAUGCAAGGCACGGAACAACAACAGUACAACAACUUCCUUACAGUCAGCCAGUUAUUAUGUUUCCUGAGCACACAAGAAUCCCAGCAUCACCAACACAACCACUGCUCUACAAAACAGUCCACACUGUUGGGCAGUCCUCCCAUCGAAUGGUUGUACCACCACCAUCAAGUUUUUUCGAUGACUCCGUGAAUAAUUCACCAGUGAAUUUACCAGUGAACAGUGUGCAACCAGCACCUAGCAGUACAAACGUGCAACUCCGCUCUGAACUUACUGCAUCAUCUUCUAACCGAAUUUCACAGGAAGCUUCACUUCCUUCUGUGAGAGACACUGAAAAUUUAAACUGUGAUUGUAAUGUUAUAGAUCUGUCACAGGAUAAAAGCACGCCAGAGGAUAAUGAUAAAUGCCAAGUGGUUAAGUGGAGUGACAGAAUCCCCAGAGGAACUGAAUUGCAUCGUCCUGUUAUGGAGAAGCCAAACAGCAUCUCUUCAUCCAAAGCUAUUAGUGAAGUACCACAAUCUUCAGACUAUAUACAAGAUAAUAUUCCAGACAACCUUCAGGUCAACAUCUCUGCAACAAAAACAGCUCUUCGUUCAGAAUCUGUGGAUGAAAAAUGUAAAAGUGAAAGUCUGUGUGGUACUCCAGAAAAAAGGUUGUGUCAAGAUCCUGACAAUAAGACAAGUGCUUUAUCCAAUAUGCACACCCAUCAAGUGACAGCGAUGGAUUUGUCACCAUCUACCAUUGUAGACUGUACUACCAAAUCAACACCAUCGCAGUCAUCACCACGUAUGCUGGGAGCCAGCCACCCUCAGUCAUGUGCCACAAGAAGACCUUCACUAGACUCAAUACAGCAUGCAAUGAAUGGCAAAGGUGCCAGCUAUGUAAAUUGUGGACAGCAAAAUCAAGAAUUGUGCACUGUCAACUGUUGUGAGCAAAGUAGAUGUGCUACACAUACCAAGAGGCUUGCAGCAGCUGGUUCUGCUUGCUGUGGUGCAACCCAACUACCACAGACGUCACCUAAUGAUGAAAGAUGACAUGAGAUCUGUUGGUGCCAGCAAUGUGUUCCAAGCUUUACAUAUGACGGUGUUUCACCACAUUGCAGCAUUUGUUUUCCAAGAUAAAACUUGCAUUAAGUGAAAAAUGGAAGUAAGUGAGUUUCAGUAAUAUUGCAGUGUUAUUUGUAUAACACCUGUGACUGAAGAUUGUAUUCAUCAGUGUCAUUGUCCUUGUAUACGUAGAUUAUCCUAGUAAAGCCUGUAUUGAUGUCCUAUAAUAUUCAGGUUUGAAAUUUUACAUGUCUGCAGUGAGCAUUUUUGCCUGCUAGCUAGAAAUAUUCACUUUUGGGAAAAUUGGUCCUCAUCACAGUAAUUGAUUUAAACUUUUUUCAUAUAGAUUUAUAGAUGUUCUAUUUUAUUUUAAACAGUGAUGCAGCAUCAUGUGAUAGCUGUAUGCAGUAUUGCAUACAUUUUGGUCUAGUCCAUCGUGAAAAACUUAUUUACUAUCCUUCUUUGUACCUGAAAUUUGAUACCUAUUAUCAAAUGUAUUAGAAUAAUAUUCCUAUUUUCUGUAUGUUUUUAAUUAGAAGAUUCUUUACGAAUACUUUUUAUAUAGUGUAUUGUACCAGUUUAUAAAUAUUGCAUCAGAGUUAGAAGUACUAGUCACUCAAUCAGUGAAUUGAUGUACUUAUGUAGCAAAAUUUAAACAUGAUGUUAAUCUUGCUCUUUUUAUAACUGUGAAUUGAUUGUAUGUAAUAUGUGUGGUAAAUCAUCUGUGAUUAAAUGUGAUGUUCAAUGGCUACUAUUAACAGUAUUUGUCUUAAUUGUUGCUUAUGAUAAUUGUGUAUGUGCUGCAAAUUUGAUAUUUAUUAAAUUUGAAUUGGUAUAAGUCUCAUACUAAAGGCAAGAAGAUGAUGUUCCAUUAAAUUAUUGAUCUCGACAUGCCGAAGAGUAGCCUUGGAUACAACAAUAGAUGUAGUUCAUAAGGAGACUGUUCAAGGCAUUCUAUGUAAUUGUAAUGUUUCUAAGUAAAGAGAGUUUUUAUAGAUGUUUCAUGAUACUUGUGGACAAAAAUAUGCUUACACCUGUUAGCAUACUGGCAGUGUUUACAAAAACAAAACCCAUAGAAAUAUUUGUCACAUUACAUAGCGAUACAAGCAGAACACUUAAUGUGUUAAAUUAUUGUAUUUCAGUCAUUGUUCCAAUUUUAUUAAAACCAUCUACAGUGAAUGUAUCCAUGUCCUGAACUUUAUUUCAUUGAUGAGGAUCUGUACCUUCAAGGUAUGCAAUUAUCUAGUUUCAUGUUCCAUGGAUCAUUUGUACGAUUAAUUGUAAUGAUGUGACACAAGUCAUUUUACAUUCACAUUACACACUCGUGUGUAAAUAUGGCUACAUGCUGACCAUUUACCAGUGUGUGUAUUUUUUUUUUUAAAUACAGAUAUGAAUUAGUAAUUCGUACUCUUUACUCUUUUACCCAUUACAAAAAUAAAAAUUCUUCUACAGAAUAGAAGUUGUCAAGGAAGUAAGUGAUCAGAAACGUUAGUGGCAAGAUUAUACAUCACUUUGUGUGCUAAAGACAACCUUAAUGUGAAUAAU